UAUAUCUAGAUGUCCCACAAAGCCUCACUGGCACAUAGGUGGGACUUUGGGGAGUUGAGUGGACCAUAAGAGCUUGAUACUCAUCCCUGGAUGAGUCCACUGAGGAGCUCAGCUGACUGUGCUGUUGGGAAGGUAGCCAGGUCGGAGGAGGUGGGUCCCUGGGGGCGUGGCCCGGAAGGGUUUAGCAUCUCCCUCCUUCCUCCCUAGAUCUCUCUCUCUGCUUCCUGUCCGCCAGUUUCCUCGGAGUGCUGCUCUGCCUGAGAGCCUGCUGCUAUAGACUGAAACAUCUAUAAACUGUGAGCCAAAAUAAACCUUGCUCUUUUAAUUGAUCAGAGGAGAUGCAAGUCAUUCACAUAUCGGAUUACAGCCUUGAUCCAUGGAGGUGAGGCUGCUGGGGACACUACUGGUCCGUGAAAAUGGAGCUACUGAUUUCAGGGGACUGAUUCAUUGACUUUGUCCUCCCAGCAGGUGCAUGCAGUUUCCCUCCUGGCCAACCCUGCUCCAUGUUGCUGAGAAUGCUAAGGCUGAGAGGGCUCUCCCCAUGGCCUGAGGGGGGGAGCUGUUCCUGCCAUGAACUUUACCCCAAGGCCCUAUAUGUGGAAAUGUGUCCUCCAGCAGGGUCUUAGCCAGCUUCCAGAAGGCUUGUCCAUCAGUCAGGCCAGCACCUGUCGCUGAGUGAGCAGACUCCAGCAUGUACCAGCAGGUGACUGCAUUCAUGGCCAUGAUCGUGGGAAUCCACACCCUCAGUUUGCCGGUCCAGAAGGACUGCAGACACAGGCCCAGGUGCUGCCCCAGCAAAGGGCAGGACCCUCCUGAGGAGUGGCUGAAGUGGACUACUAUGCCCUUGUCUCCCCCGGAGCCUCCUACCCUUGCCUACUACCCAGAAUCCUGCAGGGCGAGUGAAGACGGACCCCUCAACAGCAGGGCCAUCUCCCCCUGGAGAUAUGAGUUGGACAGGGACUUGAACCGGCUCCCCCAGGACCUGUACCACGCCCGUUGCCUGUGCCCACACUGCGUCAGCCUACAGACAGGCUCCCACAUGGACCCCCUGGGCAACUCGGAGCUGCUCUACCACAACCAGACUGUCUUCUACCGGCGACCGUGCCAUGGUGAACAUGGUGCCCACCAUGGCUACUGCCUGGAGCGCAGGCUGUACCGUGUGUCCUUGGCUUGCGUGUGUGUGCGGCCCCGGGUGAUGGCCUAGUCUUGCCUGCUGUCUGCCUGAGGCUGCUCCCUGGUGCAUGCUACUGGAGACGGGUGGACAGAGACCUUGCCAUGGUGGUGGGCCAGCGUACCCGGACUCUUGGUCCCUCCAAGCCACUACCUGGAGCAGCAGAACCCUGGGACAGAUGGCGGCCUGAGGAGGAACCUACACAUUUGCACUUUUUGAAAGCACUUUCAGAAGAGAGUAGCUGCAGCUUCUGCUGCUGGAAGCUGGUGUCUUGGCAUUUCCUUUUAGGAAAGGCCUUCAAAGCUCUGCCCAUUUCUGGAGGCCGCACUUCUCUCUUUCCUCCUAUCUCCAGCUGCCCUUGUGCAGUACAGGCACUUUCUUGAUUUUUUUUUCCCGUUUGCCCCUCUUUUGUUUGUUCAUCAUUCAUCAAAUACUCAGUGGGAACCUACUUUGCCUCCAUCCUGGUAUAGUUACUAGUCCUUUGAUAUGGAUCAUUCUGAGGAAGAAGC